AUGUUGAACGGGGCGGUGGUGGCGGGGUACAGCUCUCUCUUCGUCUUGCUUUUCCUGUUGUGCGCCAUUGGUGGGGUGGCGGCGCAGCAGGAGCAGCAUCCCACCACGCCAGCGUAUUAUGGCCGCUUGUCGAUUCAUCCAAACUUUUUUCACCACGCUGACGCCAGGAACCCGCUGUGGCACGUCCAGGGAGGUGAGGUGGUGCUCAGCAACGGUGCCCACUUGAUUCGCGUGCCAACUCAGACUGAUGGCUCCUUCGUCGUUCAUAACAUUCCUCACGGUUCCUACCACCUUCAUGCGGAGUACGCCAACUUCAUUUACCCAACGGUUCGCGUAGACGUCACACAAAAAACGGCGCAAGGCGUAACCCGACUAAUUAUUCGAACGUACACAAAUGACGGCACGAUGGUGCCUGUGCAGGGAACAGGGCUUGACGAUUCCUCGCCGGCUAUUAUUCCACAUGUCGGUGUACAUGAGUACUAUGUGCCGCGGGAGCAGUAUAGUCUUUGGAACUUUUUAACGAAUCCAAUGCUCCUCCUGAUGGUUUUCUCCAUGGUGAUGAUAGGUGUGAUGCAGCUGAUGCCAGAGGAGGAUCGUAAGGAGUCGGCACGUGAGAUGCAGCGGCUGCGCAGGCAGUGGGCUGGAGAGGAGGUGGAGGACAAGAAGACUCCAGCACUAGCCGCUAGUGGAAAGAAGUCCCGGUGA